ACAGCCAACUUCACUUUAAGCUGUCAGAGUCAUAUGAUUUCGACUGCUUAUCGCAUUCAUUAUCAGUCGCGCUUAAAUAAACUGUAAUAAACAAAAUUAUGGGUAAGGUCGCACCGCAGGAAAAUAUGGAUGAGGGCCAGGAUUCCGAUUCGGAGGUCUGCGAUUCAGAUGUGGAGGACAUGAGCCAAGAAGAGUUGGAGGCCCUGAACAGUCAAAUAGAUGCACUCAAUUCAGCCCUAGACAGCAUGGAGCAGAAGAACGAUAAUAUUUACUCUCAGCUCCAGAAGCUGCUGCAAGAUAACAGAGAGAUCAGACAGCAAAUGCAGAAUCAGCAGACAAGUAACGAGGAAAGCAGCAAAUCUGCACCCCAACAAUAAUGUAAUCAACAUUCCCAUCAAUGUUACCAAUGGUUAAAAGUAUUAAUUAAUUCAAUACAUUUUCUGUAAAUAGAGUUUAUUAAAAACAA